GUGGUUUUUCCGGUGAAAAGUGGAUUUGCUGCUUCAGGACAGGCGGUUUUAGAGUAUAAUUUAUUAUGUUUUAAUCAACAAAUGUACAUAUUUUUUAGCACUAGAUGUUUUAAGUUCAGUAAUACAAUGAAACGUGUGUUUUUUUUCUGAAAACUCGACACUGUAACGCCUUCCCCUGCUGCCUAGCUCUCCAUCGAUUGAAGAAACAAUGCAGGCCUAGCUAGCAUCUGAAGCUAACAGGAUAACGCUGCUCCGGCACACUGCAGUGGGAUUUAAACCUUGGACGAAGCCCAGUUCUCCGACGCUGUAAUAACAUCCAAACCGCUAUGAGCUCUCAGCUGCAGGUCUUCUCUCCUCCCUCCAUCUCCUCCAGUGCCUUUUGCCGCGUUAAGAAGGUGAAGGUGGAGAGCAAUGUUUGGGACGUGUCCACCACCGAAGCUUACAGCUCCAUAGCGGGCCAGUCGGCAUACACCUUUGCCCCGGCCAUGGCCGUGGCACCCUUUGCCCCAUCCCUGGUCUUCCCCCCGGCAGCACCCGGCUCUAGGGGUCAAGUGGUGGUGCGGGCAGCCGACAGCACUGGCAGUCUUCCCCGUGGAUCCAGCCGACGUGUGGCGGAGCAGGCGACGUCUUCCUCUUACGCUCAUACCGAGACGUCCUCUGAAAUGAGGGGCCACAGGCACGGGCAGAAGAGGAAGAUUGAGGAAACCAAUGAAGGCAGUGGGAGUGGAUGUGGCAGCGUCCAAAUAUUGGAGGAGCUCUCGGCCCCUGCAGCAACUUACUCCACCCGUACUGGUGGUGGUGGUGGAGGAGGCACGGGCCAGUCGAUACCCCACUCGGCUCCAACCACCAAGAGCAGCAGCUCCAAUGGUGAAGGGGAUUAUCAGCUGGUGCAGCACGAGAUCCUCUGCUCCGUGUCCUGCAGCUAUGAAGUGCUGGAGUUUCUAGGAAGAGGCACGUUUGGACAAGUGGCCAAGUGCUGGAAGAGGGGCACCAAUGAGAUCGUGGCUAUCAAGAUCCUGAAAAACCAUCCAUCGUACGCCCGUCAGGGCCAGAUCGAGGUGGGCAUCCUGAACCGGCUGAGUGCAGAGAACGCGGACGAGUACAACUUUGUGCGUUCGUACGAAUGCUUCCAGCACAAGGGUCACACCUGCCUGGUGUUUGAGAUGCUGGAGCAGAACCUGUACGACUUCCUCAAGCACAGCAAGUUCAGCCCGCUUCCCUUAAGGCACAUCAGACCCAUCCUACAGCAGGUGGCUACAGCGCUGAUGAAACUGAAGAGCCUUGGUCUGAUUCAUGCAGACCUGAAGCCAGAGAACAUCAUGCUGGUCGACCCCCUUAGACAGCCCUACAGGGUAAAGGUCAUCGACUUUGGCUCGGCAAGCCAUGUGUCCAAAGCCGUCUGCUCAACCUACUUACAGUCUCGCUACUACAGGGCUCCAGAGAUCAUUUUGGGUUUGCCGUUCUGUGAGGCCAUUGACAUGUGGUCUUUAGGCUGUGUGAUUGCUGAGCUGUUUCUGGGCUGGCCUCUCUACCCUGGAGCCUCCGAGUACGACCAGAUCCGUUACAUCUCCCAGACUCAAGGCUUGCCUGCAGAGUAUUUGCUGAGCGCCGGAACUAAAACCAGUCGCUUCUUCAAUCGAGGGCCUGACUCCAGCUACCCUCUCUGGAGGCUUAAGACCCCAUCAGAGCAUGAGAUGGAGAUGGGCAUCAAGUCCAAGGAGGCGAGGAAGUAUAUCUUCAACUGUCUGGAUGACAUGAUGCAGGUCAACCUGUCUUCUCAUUUGGAGGGGACCGACAUGCUGGCGGAGAAAGCCGAUAGACGAGAGUUCAUAGACCUCUUGAAGCGGAUGCUCCGUCUGGAUGCCGACAAAAGGAUCACGCCUACAAAAACUCUGGGUCACCCCUUCGUCACAAUGAGCCACCUCAUGGAUUAUCCCCACAGCUCACAUGUGAAGUCCUGCUUCCAGAACAUGGAGAUCUGUAAGCGCCGGAGCUCCUACGAUAGUAGCAAAUCCCUGUACUCCACCAGCGCAGUGCCCAGUGCUGCGGCGGGCAACCUCACCGUUACCUUCAGUAGCCAACUCAACCAGCAUAACCAGGUGCCUUCUGCGGGGGGAGCGGUGCCUUUGCUGAACUACCAGCCGGCUCUGUACCAGCAGGCGACUAUCAACAUUCCCGGGCUCACUCAACAGAGCGUCCCGAUUCCAACGCGUGCUGCUGGGCUGUGUAGCCAGACAGAACCCUUCCAGCAGACUCUCAUCGUCUGCCCGCCCUCCACUAUUCAAGGGCUACAGACAUCCAGUAAGAGUUCCAGUUUCCCUGUGAGGAUGGAGAACUCUGUACCCAUAGUACCUCAGAACCCGUCUGCUCAGUCGUUGCAGAUCCAGCCUAGUAUGCUCACACAGGGUUCCUGCACACCCCUGAUGGUGGCCACCCUGCACCCACCCUCAGCAGGCAUAGCCCCCCAGUACUCCCUGCCCCUCGGGCUGGGCCCCGGGGUGGGUCGGCCCACCCUCCUGGAGCACACAGCCACAGUGCUGCAGGCUUGGCCCACUGGCACUCAACAGAUCCUCAUCCCGUCCUCGUGGCAGCAGGUCCCCGGUGUGGCCAUCCACAGCUCUGCCCACCAGUCCAAUGUACCCGAAUCCCCUCUAGAAACGCUUCACUCCAACGCUUCCACGCAGCAGGGACACAGCUGGAGGUGGGUCAACCAACGACUGUUUAGUCCAAAACAAACGAGCACAACCCAAGCCAGGACCCAGCCGGAGAGGAAGAAGGUGAAAGCCAGACGUGGAGAGAACAGAAACAGGGGUAUAUCCACUGCAUCAUUACUCAGCAGCAGCGGUGUGACCCCACCCAGCGCCACAUGGUCACAGCCAAUCGUCAUCUCCGACACACCCAGCCCGGCGGUCAGCAUCAUCACUAUUCACAGUGACACCGACACAGAGGAUGAGCGCAAGUUCCAUCCCGCCAGCGUUGGUCUCAGCCAGCGAGCUAAUGUCAUCAGCUGUUUGACGGUGCACGACUCGGACUCCUCUACAGCCAGUCCCCUGACUCCUCUGCCCCGCACACUGAACCCAGCUAGCACCAUGUCGUCACGCCAGGCCAAGUCUCUGGCAGUGGUGGCCCCUUCAAUCAAAACCCAGGGGUCUGAGAGAGGAGCCGCUUCUCGUGGACGCCUGGAGACUGUGACCUACAUGAAGCCUAAGAGAUCAUCCAACCGACAGCCCUGCAGCUCCGGGGAGAACAUGGAGCGGCACGGACUAGUGCCGAGCCAGUCACACCCCUUGAACCUCAGCCAGGUUCAGCCGGUUGUUUCUUCAUCUCAGGAGCGUUCCCACAGUGACUCGUCAAUGCGUCGCCAGUCGACGUUCCCUCCGGUCGUAUCGUCCCACUUCAACUUCCCCGAGGUGGCGGCCCUGGCUUCGGCCUCGGCCCCCGGCCCCGGCCUGUACGCCUACCCGGCCUCCACGGCCCUCUCCUCGGCCUCUCAGGCCAUGGAGCAGCUGCUAAGCCGUGGUCACGCCAGCCACGGACACUCUCCCUCCGCCUAUGCAGCAACGUACGCCUCAGCAUCCUCCUCCAGGAGAGACUCGGCCAGUCGUAAGGACUCUGUCAGCAGUCUGCUGCACGGCCUGCCCGCGGCCUACCAGCACCAGUUCGCCACUGGUUCUCCCUACGUUAGUGUGACUCCCCGGGCCGAAGCUUACAGUGCCUACCAGCUGAGCCCCAGGCGCCUCACACAGUAUCCAUUCCUAUAAGGAUUCACGCACACUUUGAACACAACAAAAAAAAAAAAAUUCUACUUCCCCACAAUUUAUCACAAAGGGACAUUUAAACUGUGUUUCUAGUAGAAUAACUGUUGCUCACCUAUGUGUUUGCUGCUUUUGACUCAAAAGCGGCGCUUCACCUGCAACUCAUUCACAUGCUCUUUUGGGUCAUUUUUAAAAUGUUUUCUGGGUAUUAUUUGAUGUCACAUUGGGUUAUUUCCCCUUAACAAUAUUGUUUAUAGCCCUUAUUGUAUAACCAUCUUCUCUAGAUGUAUGAUUAUGGCAUUGUGGUCAAUGUAUUGUACUCCUGUUGUGUGUAUGUGUGUGUGUGUGUGUGUGUGUGUGUGUGCGGA